CUAAACUUUAGAGAAACUUGUACCAGGCUAUAAAGUGCUUGUGGGGAAACGGUAACGUCAUAUUUCUAUGACGUGACUUUAAGUGUAUGUUGCAUAACAAUUCAAGUUGUAAAGAGUUAAACUUAAGUCUCAGAAUUGUAUACCGCUCUGCAAUUAUAAUCAGUUUCUGUCUUGUAAAGGUUUAAAUACAGAUUUUAAGUAUCUUUUUCUUUAGGCCUUGGAUGUAACACCUCAGCGGCAAAAGUAGAAUAUCGAUCACAUGGGCCAUACUCUAGAUGUGCACAACUUUCACUAUAGAUGUACAUCAGAUAUCAUAGAGAGAUCAGAUAUUGCAAAAUUAUUAAUGCUUAUGGACAGGAAGCAGGUUGGAUACUUCAAAAAUAAGAGGUUGGAAGAAAUUAGCUUGGAAGAAUUAGUUGAAGAACCAUACGAACCAAAUGACACUGUUGAUGUUGACAGAUUCUUGAACAUAGAUGAGAGUGAAAGGCAGGAAGAAGUGUUCGUCCCAAACCUGUUGGAAGAGGAAGAGGAAGAAAUUCCAGUCAAGACAAGGAAGAAGAAAAAGGCCAGUUUUACGAGGAAGAAAUGGACAGUAGCAGAAGAAGGAGAAAUAAAGAAGAGGUUUGCAGGUUUUCUUGCCCGGGACAAGUGUCCUGGGCAAAAAGACGUUGAGAAAGUGAUGACCCAAAGCAAGAAAUAUGGGGGUCUACUGCAUGCAAGACCAAGAGACAACAUUAAGAAGAAAGUCAGUUGUAUGCUGGUUAAAGCUAGAAAAAAUAAUAUUAAUUUGUAAUGACAUAAUUGAAUCAUUCCGAAAAAUGCCUCAUAUUGCAAGUGAAUAGAGUUUUAAGAGCUAUUCUAUAUACUAUGAUACUUAAAACUUACUUGUUUUUUUUGUUACCAAAAGUUAAGGUCAUUGUAUAUUCAUUUUUCAAGGGUUGUAUUAGAUUUUUUUUGUAAAAACGAAAGAAGUAUAUCUAGACUUUACAAUUCAAUAUUAGCAUUGAAAAAUCGAUAAAAAAGUUAUAUCAAGUACAUGUAGAAUGCGAAACAUAGUUAAUUUUAUAUAUUUUGUUAAAUUAAUGAUCAAUUAUUUUGACCCACCUUUUAGUAUGAUCAGAUACAAGUACAAACCAACUUACACUAAUAUUAGAAUUAGAGAAAGUCUACUUUUCCUUUCAAUUCAACAUGGAUGAAAAUAUAGUGAAUAUUUUUUUUUCACUUUUUGUUGACCAGUUGACUACUUGAUUUUUAGCUCACCUGAGCUGAAAGCUCAAGUGAGCUAUUCUGAUCACAUUUUGUCUGUCGUCCGUCUGUCCGUCCGUCUGUCUGUCUGUCCGUAAACUUUUCACAUUUUCAACAUCUUCUCAAAAACUACUAGGCCAAUUUCAAUUAAACUUGGCACAAAUCAUCCUUAGGCAAAGGGGAUUCAAAGUUGUGAAAAUUAAGGGUCACACCCGUUUUCAAAGGGAGAUAAUUAGAAAUUAAUGAAAAAUUUCGAGAAAUUUUCAAAACUCUUCUUCUCAAGAACCAGAAAGCCAGGAAAGCUGAAACUUGUGUGGAAGCAUCCUCAGGUAGUGUAGAUUCAAAGUUGUGAAAUUCAUGACCCCCGGGGGUAGGGUGGGGCCA